AUACGGUACUUUUUCGUAUCGUAGUAACGGCCAAGUUAAGAUGUCUUUCCGCGAAAUGAGGUUAUUUACUGAGAUGAUGCGUUCUUUGGGAUAUCCACGCGUCAUAUCUUUGGAAAAUUUUCGAACUCCGAAUUUCCCUCUAGUUGCGGAAAUCUUAAGAUGGUUGGUUUGUCGGUAUGACUCUUAUGCUGACUUACCAUCACGCCUUGACUCGGAACAGGAUCGCGUUUUGUUUAUUAAAUCAGUGACGCGCUUGAUUUUCACUAAAGCAUGUGUAAAAUUGAACGGCAAAAGACUCUACCAGGCAGAUGGAUAUGCUGUAAGGGAACUUAUAAAAAUAACUCGGAUCUUAUAUGAAGCAAUGCAAAAUAGAAAUUCCGAGUUCAGAGAUGAACAAAAUUGCUUUAAUGUAACAGAAAUCUUUGAUUUUGAUAAGGUUAAGCAACUUCAAGAGGCUAGAAAUUUAUGUAGUCAACUUGCAUCAUCUGGAGCUUCUUUAAAUUCACUAUUGAAUAAAGAAGUAGAUAUUAAAGAAUUACGUGAAACUUCUUUAAGACGUCAGAUAGAUCGAGAGUAUGUUGAGGAAUCUAUAAAAACCGCCAAAAGUGCUAUCAAUGGUCAGAUUGAAAAAAUUCAAUCAUCACUUGUCAAUAUCACCGCUGAUGAAACCAAUUUAGAUAUGAAAAUUGAAAAGAAACGCAGUGAAUUAGAACGUAAUCGUAAACGUUUAUCUACGUUGCAAUCUGUACGACCUGUAUAUAUGGAAGAGUAUGAACAAUUAGAAGAGGAGUUAUCUUCACUUUAUACUACUUACUUAACAAAGUUUCGUAAUCUUACAUUCUUAGAAAGUCAAUAUGAGUAUCUUCUGGAUAAUAUUAAUCAAAAUAAUGAGGAUACAGAAAUUACUCUUAAAACUAUAGCUGAGCAAGUGAAAACAUAUUCGUUUAGAGAUGAAGAAAAUCAGAGAACUGCUUCGUAUUGUGAAGAUGAAAAUACUUUUAAGAAUCCAUUAAAUUUAAAAACUAAUGCUGGAGAAUAUGGUAGCUUUGGUGCUGGGGAUGAUAACGAUACAAGUGAUAACGAUGAUAUUGAUGAUGAUGAUGAUUCAAUCAAUGAUCAAGAUAAUCAAAUUGAAAAUGCUGAAGAUAUCGUUGCAACUGAUAAUUCAUUUCAUCAAAGCAGUAAUGGAAAUACUAUAAAACGUGGAUUUGCAAGAAAUCAACUCAAACCUGAAUGGUCUCCUGGUCGUCAACGUAUUCCAGGUGCGAGUUAUCAUGGUAGAACUCAAAGUUUGAAUAACAGUGAUGAUUUUCAAGUAAAUGAAGGAAGCUAUCGUUCUACAAAUAUGGAUGAAUCAUUAUUAACAAAACGAUCACAGAAAGAUAAUUAUCCGACAACAAAUGUUGAAAAUGAAAAGCAAACAUAUUUGAAGCAUGCACUUCAAUCUGAAGAAAAUGAACACGAUGAUUUUUGAGUGAAUUAUUAACUGUAUAAUAAAAAGUUAUUGCAAAAAGAAGCAUUAUUUAUUCUUCUA